AUGCGUUUCAGGGCUACUGAAAUGAACGUUCCAGAGCAUAUCUCUGCUACGGGAGAGUCUGUGUUCGUUGCCGAUGCUUAUGGUCUACGUGGAUUGGAUACCGAGAGAGUUGUUGAAAGAAUGAAUGUACCCGAUAGAAUCAUUUUAACAGGCGGUGAAGGUUAUCAUGGAUAUGCAUCACAGCCUAGAAUACCUGAUGAAGUUCAUGGCGAUAUCAAAAUAGAAUCUCAAGACGUACCUAGCCGUAUCACUGUCGACAAACUAUAUCCUGAUGAACCCACUAUUGUCGAAGAUACGCGAAGUAGUUCCUCAAUUGCCAUUGAUGAAAACCCUCUCCAAGAAUUGAAACUUAUGCGUCGGCAAUUAGUAAGAAUAUCAAAUCGUGUAUAUGACUUAGAGAAUCAAGUUGAGAGUUCCAAAGUUCGGGAAACUAGGUAUUUAUUGUCCUCUAUUGUGGGUGUUGCAGCUGCGAUUAUAUUAUUCUUCAUCCGCCGUUAA